AUGGACAAACCACAAGAGUUGCCUCCAAGGCCAACUAUGGUUAAAAAUAGAGUUCAAGAUGUUAUAAUCCUUAAAAAAAAUGGCAUUGGUUUUGAUAAACAAAUUGUUGUUCCCCCACCGCCAAUGAGAACUUUUAUAACACAACCAAAACCUCAAAAUUCAGAUCAAAUUGAUUCAUCAAAACGCCAACAACCAAAUCAACCACCAAAUCAGCCUCAAAAUAAUCAAAAUCCAAAAGCUUUACCACCAAAAGGUCUACCACCAAAAAAUCAAGCUCAACCUAGAAAAGUUAUAAAUCCUCCUCCAAUACUACCUCCAAAAAUUAUAAAACAAAUUCCAGCUGAUCCUCAUAAUAUUUUGAGAAAGCAAAAACCUGAUCCAUCAUUACUAUAUCCAAAAUCUCCAAUCAAAAGACAUCCAUCGCCUCAUAAUGUAUCAUUUUCUUUAAAUUCAACUCCAAUACCAAAUAAAUUACAAAAUGAUGCAAAUUUUAAUUCAUCAACUCCACAAGCAGGCAUUAACCCAUCUUCAAAUAAACCUACUCCAUCACAACCAAACAAAGUUGGUAAUACCACCAACGAUAAAACUGACGCGUCACUUAUGUCAAAGAGAAAAUUGCAAGAUAGGGAUGAUUCUAUUGAUUCAAUGGAUAUUGAUAAUGAUUUUGAUAAUAAUAGUUUCUCACCAUCAGUAAAUUUAUCACCAAACUCAUCACGUCGAAAUUCUGCUAGUAUUAGGAGUAGAUCAACUUCAGUAAGUACUGGUAAUAACAGUAAAGCCAAAGAUAUUUUAACUGAUAUAGCUACAAUGUAUGCAAAGACAAAUGCAAUAUCUGAAAAAAUUAAAGAAAAUAUGCCAUUAGAUGAACAAAUUCCAAUAUUGAUAAAGGCUCAACCAUUAGAUACUAAUGAAUACGCAAGUCAUAUUCAAAAAAUUGCACAAAUAUUAUUUGAUGAAAAAUGUGAUCCAAAAUUUGGAGAACAGCUACAUAAUAAAUUUAUGGAAUUAAUGGAUAUAAUUGAAGAAUUUGUUAAUUACUCAACACCUUUAAAAUCUCAAUUAUACUCAAUUGUUGAAAGAAAUUUUGAUAUCCUAAUACAAAUUGGUACAAAUUAUAAAAUAAUGGAUAUUUCAACUAAAGUUAUAAGAUUUUUAACUACAGUAUUCAUAAAUUUAAAUUAUUGGGAAUUAUAUAAUUUAUUACAAUGGAAACCUUCAAUUUAUCAUUUUAUAAAUCUUAUUGGAUUAGAUAUUAAUGAUACUUAUCAAAAAUUUUUAAAUGAUUAUAAUAAUUUUUCUUAUGAUAAAUUAGCUCAACCAUUACCAUAUCCAAGAACAAGAAUUAGAGUGAGAAAACGUAAAAUCAGAAAAUUAAUUGAAGAUUUAGAUUUAACUGCGGAAGAAAAAGAAAGAACUGCAAAAUUUUUCUCAUUAAAUCCAGAUACAGCUGAUCAUGAUAAAUAUGUCGCUGACAUUUUAUCAGGACGUAAUAAACAAAAAAGAACUUUUAGACCAGAUGUUCAAUUAGAACAUCACAAAAUUAUUAAAAAACCAGUACCUCAAGCAGAUAAAUCUACAGUAAAAUCUUCAAAUUAUGAUCCUGAUGUUGUUCAUGAAUGUCAAUUACCAUCAGCUGAAGUACCUCAUAAAUUAUGUUUAAGAAGAUUUUCUCGUAAAUAUGAAUUAAUACGUCAUCAAGAAACUGUUCAUUCCAAAAAGAAAAAAUUGUUUAAAUGUUAUGUAUGUGUUAAACAAAAUCCAGGAGUUGGUCCUCGUAUUUUUACACGUCAUGAUACUUUAGCAAAACAUAUAAGAGUAAAUCAUGAAAUCUUUGGUAAAGAAGCAAAAGCAGAAGUUGCAUAUUCUAAAAAACAUGCAGAAGUUGUUGAAGAAGGUGAUAUUACUGUUCAUGUUGGUAGAAGAAAAACUAAAGUUGAUUUUGAAUUAAGAGCUCAUAUGGAAAGAACUGGUAGUGAUUCAUUUGGUGGUUAUUUAGAAACAAGUGAUUUAGAAUCUGGUGAUGAAGAAGUUAUUUUCAAUGAUCCAAACAGGCAAAUUUGA